UUGUUUCUCUGAGGUUGAGCCAGCUAAGUCACUCACUGCACUAGCGAGGCUCACUAGCAUAGUUAUCACUAGCACUACUGUACUGGAAGGCUAUUGUCAGUCCUGCGCACUACAAUGUCCUUUGCAACAGGGAGGUCUGAUCCACAGACAGGGAGACUCUUCUUCAGAAGCCAUGGAGACUGUUUUAUCCAUGCAACCCAGUGGUGGAUCAAGUAUUGGAACCCCAGCUACACUAAGGACGGGUUGGCUAUAGUUCGUGUGACAGUUUCCAGUAGUCCAGAGAAAGUGUUCCUGACGACCCUCUGCCUCGCCCCUAUCCCCUACGAGAAUGUACAGAAGGGGGUUAACCACAAGCAGUACCUCGAAAUUGAUCCAAAAUUUGCACAAGAGCUCAAAAUUCCCGUUGGUAUGAAUGUGUUGGUUGAGUCCAUUGGAGAUGUGGAGCGUGGUGACUCUCUUGUAUUGGCUCCUGUGACAUCCAGUGACUACGAUAAGUUGGAAAAAUUCAGUGAGAAGAUAGACUAUGAGUUGACUGAGCGGAUCAGAGUGGUGUCUUGUCGUCAUACCUUCCCCAUCUGGAUAGACAACUUGGUCAUUCCAGUCAGAGUGGUGAGCUCCAAACCAUCUGCCAACUGGAUCAUCCUUGUUCCCAAUCACACUAUGGUACAGCUGCAACGAGACGACUCUGUGCCCCCCAACUCCGGCAUUAGUAUCAUGUCGACCACCUCCACCCCUGGCCAGGGUAGCUCCAGCAAUGGGAGCCCAACCCCUUCAGCCUCCAUAUCCUCCACACUCUCACUACCUCCCACACAAAAAACGGCUAACCGUCAGUGGGACUUUAACAAUGAGCGCUCCAAAGUGAUGCCACGACAAAAGAAGUCGUCUUCAAACAGAUCAAGUAACCUCUCCGAUAGCUCUGUGGAUACCAGCCCCGUAGACGAUUCUGAUCCGUUUAGUUCAUCCAUAUCACGCUUUGCCAACUAUGUCGGCAAUUGGAUAUUCUCACGAGAAGGCAGCCAGGUGGAAAAUGAAGAGCGUCCGUCGCAACUGGAGAGUAGAAAAGGAGACAAAGCAUCAUCCGCUACUUUGGACUCCGUGGGAUUUGAGACUCGAUGUUUUCCUGGCAAUCAAAGUGGCAGUCAAAUCAGACUUGGCAAAGUGGCGGAUGUUUUGGAAGAAUCGAACCCCGUUACAGAGCAACCCCUAAUCGAGACCAGCUCCUCUCCCCACAAUCAGAUAAUGAACGAGAUCAAACAUACAGUUCCUCGCUAUACCGGCCCUCUAUACAAGGGCGCUGGAGCUCGACCUGGUGCAGUUACACCCGACCCUCCUCCCAAGCCUAGUAUGAGCUCGGAGAGUGAGCCAACAGACAAAACUCAAAAAUCCUACCAUAAACGAUUUAACACGUGGCAUUCUGACACAGACUUCAACAAGAGACCUUCACCUGGAUUCAGAGGAGGCCAAAGAGCCGUUGUUCCUUGUAUGUGCGUCAAUUUACGCGUGCAACCCCACCCCAUAUCAGGAUUAUGCAGCUUCAACUCAAGUGUUGAUUCACCUCCAAUCUCAGGCAGCGGCUUAUGGGGUCAGGACAAACUAUUUGAUAUCUUUGUGCAUCCAUCCACUAUGCCGGAGAUUUUCCUUUACUGGCAAAAUGUCUGCACCGGGUCGAUACUGGUGGAAAUAACACCCACCAACCCUCUUCCCUCAGACCCCAAGGAGAACAAACCCACUACCACCGCUCCAGACGAACAAACUGAUGCAAAGCAAGACGCUCGCUCCAUUUCUUCUAGUGAGGCUUUGCUUGUCUCCCUUCUACCUAGCUCUCUGGUGGUGCGGCUAUGUUUUGCUACACGGAUAAGACUGGAGGAUGGUCAACUAAUAACUAUGAUUAAAGAUGGAUGCUCCACUGAAGACGAUGAGGAGAGUGAUACCCAGUGUGUUGAUUUUUCAGUGGCAGUUGGCCACGUGGUGAUGAGCGAUACCGUUAGACAGCAGUUGAGGAUCAGGACGUGCUCCCCUGUGACACUACAGCAUGUGAAGGAUGAGUGGAGGAUCAGCUACAAUGACAGACCUAAUCUGGUGCUGCAGCCCCUCAACCCAAAACAUAAGCACCGAGGUAUUGAGAUCAAGAACCUCUUUGAGGAGUGGGUCAAGGCAGUGUCCCACCUGUCCAGUAUUGGGGCCGUGUUGGUGGACAAACAGGUUGUCCCAGUUUACAUGAAUGAGGACGGUGAUUGGGUGUACUGUCGUAUGAAGAUCAGCGCUAUCAACACUCGGCGAGUGCCGCCACGAGUCCGUUACCUCUUAGCCACUGGACAGAGGCUCUCCCUCCAUAUCGACUCGCUCCCCUCCUCACACAACAGGCCCAGUUUUUCCAAACCAGUGUUCAGUGGUCGCUAUAGGGACACCUCUCCAAGCAAGGAGGAGGUAGUGACACUGCCUGCCAUGACCCUCUUGAACCAGCCAAACUUUAAUGUGCACAUUGAGCACUUCAUAGCUCUGGAGCAGCUGUACACAGAGGGUGUGGAGUACCUGGAGACUGUGUUCUCUCAGACAGGAAAGGGUGGGGCACUGCUCGUGUGUGGAGUGUCUGGGGCUGGGGGAAGUGGGUGUGGCAAAACCAGUCUAGCCAAGCUCCUCUGUAAGGCUGUGAAUGGCCACCCUCAUCAUGUCAAUGUGACCUUGGUCAACUGCACUGCUCUCAGAGGUGUACACUAUAAGAAGAAACUCAAAGUGCAUUUUUCCGAGGCGAUCCUCCACCAGCCGUCUGUUAUCCUAUUGGACGAUCUGGACCACACCACACCCCAAGUGUCCGACCCCCAGGAGCAGAUAGGGGAGGAGGGCAACGCUAGCAUCAAAAAGACCCAAGUUCUGCUGGACUUGUUUGAGCUGGUUCAGCAACAAGAAGCCAGAGUGGUUCUCAUAGCGACAGCUCAAAACAAGCAGCAGCUAAACAGUGACUUGUUGCAAUCAAGAGGAGUACACGUUUUCGAGAAAAUACUUGAAAUCAAACCCCCAACACUUGCCGAUCGGAAGGUGAUCCUGAGCUCAAUCCUCGGUUCCAAAUCAAUGAAUGUGCUCAAUGACCAAGAGCUAAGAGCUGUGGCACUGAAAACUGAAGGUUUCCAAGCUGGUGACCUUGUGACACUGGUGGACAAAGCCAUCAGUUUGUGUGAGCUACGCACUCUCUACCCUCAAGGCCUGGCUCCACUCACCCCCUCAUCUUCUGUCAAGACCCACCUGUCACCAUGGAUACACGCUAGCAGAACAAGCACUGAUGGUAGCUCUAGCGAUCUGGACCUGAGUUGCACAUCCUCUGCAAAUUCGUUUAUGACACCUCCAUCCUCUCCACGUAAAAGGCACCAAAAGAAAUUCUUCGACAAGCUGCACAGUAAAAAGAUGUCUACUGAUUCAACACAUACUCUGAUUCAAGGGGAGAGUGCAUUUACUGUUGGUCGGGGUCUCCAACAUUCUUCCUCCCUUUCUCAAAUGAAGCUGGGGGUGAACGACUUCUUGCGAGCUCUCAGGGGCUUUGUGCCAGUCGCUUUGCGUGGUCUACCCCUCCACCGAAGUGGGACUAUUGAUUUCUCUGGAGUUGGGGGUCUUAAAACAGUCAAGAAAUGCCUGAAAGAAACGCUAUUGUGGCCUAGCAAGUACCCGCGACUGUUUGGCCAGUGCCCCAUCAAGCAGCGGUGUGGAGUGCUUCUCUACGGGGCUCCAGGAACGGGCAAGACCUUUUUGGCUGGGGCAGUGGCUAAGGAGUUUAACCUCAACUUUGUGAGCAUCAAAGGCCCUGAGCUACUGAGCAAGUACAUUGGAGCCAGUGAGCAGGCUGUGAGGGAUGUCUUCACCAGGGCACUCUGUGCAAAACCUUGCAUUCUAUUCUUUGAUGAGUUUGAUUCUUUGGCACCUCGUCGUGGCCAUGACAACACUGGUGUGACUGACCGUGUGGUGAACCAACUCCUCACUCAGUUGGAUGGGGUGGAGUCUCUGCAAGGUGUAUAUGUACUGGCCGCCUCCAGUCGUCCUGACCUUAUUGACCCCGCCCUCCUGCGGCCUGGUAGGAUAGACAGAAGCCUCCUCUGUGACAUGCCCACUCAGGAGGAACGUAAAGAGAUCCUUGAGUCUCUCAGUCGGGAUAUGCCCAUUGCAUCUGGAGUUAAUCUAGGGGAGAUAGCGUCCAAGACCGAGGGAAUGACAGGGGCGGACCUCAAGGCCCUCCUGUAUAGUGCUCAAUUGCAGGCCGCUCAUGAAACUCUUAUUGCCCGCCAGAAUAGCAAGGAGACCAGUUUGACAGAGUCUUUGGAUGUUGGUCUUGUUCCUAGCACCCCUGAUACGUCUGGUAGGGGCAGCUCGAUAGCCUCGGUGAGUACUAAGAGACCUCUUGUUUUCAACUUCACCGAAGGGGGCGUUAGGAAGAGCAGCCAGCUGUCAAGUUCACUUGAGUCCACAGCAUUGGCUCUGCAGAAGAGAGGGUCAUACCUCAGUCUUCAACGGAGACGUUCCACUCUGACCAGAGACAUCGCUAGUGACAACAGUAUGUUUGGUAAGAAGAAAGGAAAGGGCAUCUCCAUUAAGCAAGAGCAGCUUUUCUCUGCACUCAGUCAAGUACAGCCUUCAAUCUCGAAGCAAAAACUCAAGGAGUACUAUCAAAUUUAUGGCAAGUUCACUGGUAAAACUAAGACCUCUAUGGAGAAUGUCAAGCCCACAGCAACUAUGGCAUAGACAUGCACUGACUGUGUUCUGCUUGUCUUUUUACUCCCACAUUACAUCAUACUUAGGAUUAGAAUUCAUUGACAAUGUUUAAUAUCGUGUUCUUGUGUGAUCAUCAUAGCAAAAAUUUAACAAUCAAUUUUUUAUGACGGACAUGAAA